AUGGCAGCCUUCGGAGCAGAGGACAUGAUGCACCUGGUCUUCCUGAUGGUCUAUGGCCUGGCCUUCCUCCUGGGCGUGGUGGGAAACGGCUGCAUCAUCUUCCUCACUGGCUUCCAGGGGAAGAAGACAGUCCCUGAUCUAUGGUUCCUCAACUUGGCCAUUGCUGACUUCAUCUUCUCCUCCUUCCUCCCCUUCCGAGUUCUGCCCAGAGCACUGGACUCGCAGUGGCCCUUGGGCAACUUUCUGCGCAAGUUGACCAUUAUCGUCACCUCACUCAACAUGUUCGCGAAGGUUUUCCUGCUCACUCUCAUGAACGCCGAGCACUGUAUCUCCGUGGCCUGCCCCGGGCGGCCCUGGGCCCGCAGCUCACCCCGCCUGGCUUCCGUCGCCAUACUGGUCGUGUGGCUCCUGGCCCUUGCGUUCAGCUUGCGGUACCAGGAUCUGUGGGAGUCCAUGAGCUCAUCUUCAGCCUGGAAAGUCGCCUCUGGCGGGCUGCACCACGUCCCCGAGAGCCUCCCGCUGACAGAAAGGUCGAUGGGCAGCGCGGCGACCCACUUCCUGGCUGGGUUCCUCAUCCCAUUAGCCUUGGUCGUCACUUGCUACGUUCUUCUAGCUGCCACGCUGAGGAGAAGCCAUUUCAGUCCGUCUGAGAAGCCCCACUCGGUCCUCCUUGUCUUGAUGCUGACCUUUUUCCUCUGCUGGCUCCCGUACCACAUCUUCAAUUUCCUGCAGGUCUCAGGGGGCGCACUGCCGGCGGAGAUUAAAACAUCCCUGGACAUCGGCAUCCUCUUUGCUUAUGGCGCGGAGACUUUAGAUCUCGUGGUGUGUGGAGAAAAUCUAGAACACGCCCCGAGUUCAGCCCGAGACCUCAAGCCCCCGAUGGCAAAUACAGAGCCCCCAGGAGUGUUGUUAGCUGGGAUUUCAAGAUGCCCUUCCCCUGUGGAGGAUUAUGCUCUUGCUCUAGACUGGGAUUUUCAGUCCUACUGA